GGGCCUUGUGGGUUGUACUCUAUCUGUCAGCGACCAUAUCACUUUCGUCACCUUAACAAACACAGAUUCCUCAAUCAUCCUCAGUUUCUCAAUCGUAACUGAAGGCCUCGCUACUGAAAACUCUUUUCCAAAGCUUCUAAAUCCUCUCUCUCUCUCUCUCUCUCUCUGUUUGUUGAUCUUUUGCCUCCAAGAUUUUUUUCCUCCAUUGCUGCCUUUCAAAUUUUGAAGAUCUUGCCACUUGAUAUUGGCUACCAGAAGUUGGAAAUGGUUAAAAGUUAUGGAGUGUUCUGAUUUGCAAGAGAUAUCAUGUUGCAGUGCUUAGAGGGAAUUAAGCCUUUAUUUGCUUCCCUAUUGCGUUGUUGUGAUAUUGAUAUCCUUAACCAGCCAAGAGGCCUCGAAGAUCCUGAACUUCUUGCUAGAGAGACAGUGUUCAGUGUGAGUGAAAUAGAAGCACUUUAUGAGCUCUUUAAAAAGAUCAGCAGCGCUGUAAUUGAUGAUGGGCUGAUUAAUAAGGAAGAGUUUCAGUUGGCAUUGUUCAAGACAAAUAAAAAGGAAAGUCUGUUCGCUGAUCGGGUAUUUGAUUUAUUUGACACAAAGCACAAUGGGAUACUGGGUUUUGAAGAGUUUGCCCGUGCUCUCUCGGUUUUCCAUCCAAAUGCCCCUAUUGAUGAUAAGAUUGAAUUUUCCUUUCAACUGUAUGACCUCAAGCAGCAGGGUUUUAUUGAAAGGCAGGAGGUGAAGCAAAUGGUAGUUGCUACACUUGCUGAAUCUGGUAUGAACCUAUCAGAUGAUGUUAUAGAAAGUAUAAUUGACAAGACUUUUGAGGAAGCUGAUACAAAGCAUGAUGGCAAGAUUGACAAGGAAGAGUGGAGAAACCUUGUUUUGCGCCAUCCUUCUCUUUUGAAGAACAUGACCCUUCAAUAUCUCAAGGACAUCACCACAACAUUCCCAAGCUUUGUAUUCCAUUCACAAGUAGACGAUACUUGAAGGUCAAGUUUUUACUUGAUGAUUUCUCCUAUGGUUUCUUUGCCUUUUGGUUGCUGAGCCACCUCUUGUCUAAAAAAGGCAUGGCAGAUAGCCUUGCUUACCUUACAUUAGUUAUACCUUGGAAUAAGAUUUGUGGAUUGGUUUGUUGUGGAUAAUUUUCAUUUUUUCUUGAAACUAUCAGACACCUUGUGUUUCUCAUAUUAUCGAAAUCAAUUCUUCUCAGCU